AUGCAACAGGCUCUUUUCCUCAUUGCUAUAUUGUUCUGCAUCGGUGCAGCUUCAGCACAAAUAAGACCAAGAGGACGUGGAGGGAGCGUUAGCGGCGGCGGAAAUGGAGGAUAUGAAUAUCUAGAAUGCAAAGAUACUCACUCGUCCUGUCAAUCCGUUGAAGAUAUUUGCGUGAAGCAUCAAGAAUUCGCCGCAAAAAAUUGCAGUAAAACGUGUGGAUAUUGCGGAGGACGAGAGGAGUGGCAUACUUCCUCCACGAGCAAUGCAUCUGAAAUUAUGCAAGGAAUCUUUACUUCGAGCGAUUACUUUGACACUCUUCUGAAACUCAUCAUAUAUAUGAUAGACAGCGGCAUCGAUUACUUCGAUUUACCCGAUCAAGGUAAUCGAGCAAACGCUACUGAUGAGCAGUCAACGCAGCAGCCAAUGCUAGAGUGUGCAAUUGAUCAUCCGGAAUACUGCAUACAUUUAGACACAUCUGAUCAAGUGAACCGAGCAAACGCUACUGAUGAGCAGUCAACGCAGCAAUCAACGCAACUGUGA